AUCGACUUCACAUCAGUUUCAGGUAAAAAUGGUUUCAUUGAGAGAACUCACAGAGCAACGAGGUAACCAGGGCAGAGAGGGAGAAGAGGAAGGGGUUUUGUCCGUGGAGCCUAUCACUAUGAUAGUGCCGCCGGAGUUGCAGGAUGUACCGGAAACAACGGCGUCUGAGAACAGCACCGGUUCCAGCGCCAGCGACAACGGUGACGACCACCGUAGUGCGUCGUCGAGCAGCUCGUCUAGCGAAGAGACACCCAGCCGCGAAGAAGGGAUGGGGGACGUGGUGAGCAGUGUCUCAGAUCGGCCGGUGAUUGGGGAAUGGGAAAGCACGACGAUCCCGGGCAGGCUGAGCAACCUGCGAAAAGCACCGAAGGACCUGCCCGCUGGAUUCAGGUUCAGGGCUGCACUUCAUCACGAAGUAGCAGAUUGUACGCCCUCCAUAAGUGGAUAUAAAAGGCUUGAGGAGAUGGUGAGGGCGUACCACAUCCCCAAAACCAUACUGCUGCGGACUGGCGGAAUACGAGCUGGCGCUGACGCAGCUAACGCCCAACAGCAUAAGGUUCAUCAUAGGCUUUAUGCUGUUGUGCGCAAGGUUGGAGAAAGGAUAAGCAAUGACCUCGCUGCCCGGCUGUCUGAGUGGCGCACGCCAAACGCCCACAUCAACUACCCCCAGCUACUGCCCCGGGAUGUAGAUCUGAAGAACCAGCUGCUUAAGUACGCGCAGGGGGAGGGUUUGAUAGAUCUAGAGGCCCUGGUUACCUUGGAGCAGCUCGCCGUGUUCGGGUUUGUCGAUGUGACAAACUUGAUCAGCGAAGGUGAAAUGAGCAGCAUACUGGAACGUCAGCGUCAACGUGCCCAGAGUUCCCGAGGGCGUCGGGCGAGUAGCGCGCAACCCCGGCAAACACGGUUCGACGAGCGGCCACCCCCAGCGCCUCAACCACGCGGCUCUUCACACCGGGGAUCCAGCUCGUCGUCAAGGCCACGAGCGGAUCACAGAGCUGAGACGACGGCCCCGGGCGCGCGCAGGCGCACGCACGAGGAGACAGAGAGCGAGGAGGAUGAAGUCCCCCUUGCCAGGCGCAUAAGAAGCGGGGGGACUCAGCCCGCUCAAGCGGCUCGUCCUACAACGAGUGCCAGCUAUGUGCGGGCAGAGUGCCAGCCUGCCAUGGUGCAAGCCAUGCACAGUUUUGUGCCCCCCUUAGACAAUAAGCGGGCCAAAGCCUUUGUGCAACAGCAUGGCGGUCAGGUCGCCAUGAUCAAAUUAAUGGAUGCGUUCAGCUACGCGGUAGCACUGUACGAGAGCGAGCAGGCGGCUCGUACAGAGAACACCGGGCUCGGAGCAAAGUGCAAACAGCUGGCCACAGAGAAGGCUAGCCUUGUGGACGAUGUGAAUCGUCUGCAAGGCUCUGAGAUGGCGAAUCGAGCUGCUGCCACGGAGAGCCGAGCAGACGAGCUCGCGGCCAAGGAGGAAACCGUCUGGGUUGAGGAACGGGCGAAGAAGGCCGAGGCCGAUCGGGACCGCACUCAGCACGAGCUAGGCACCUUAAGGAAUAAGGUCGCUGAAGCUGCCCGGAAUCUGAACGCAGCUGAAGAGGCUUUGAAUGAGCUGAAGGUCACUCACGGGCGCUCUAUCGCGAUGGCACGGGCUCAAGGCGCAGAGUGGCUGGUCGGUUCAGCCGCAUUCCAAGACGCAGUGGCCGUGGCGUCUGCAAACGUAACCACGGAGGUCUACAAUGAGAUUCGUGGGAAGUUGCUGCACCACCGCCCAGAUUUUCCAAUCCGCGAGCUGGUCUUCUUUGACGAGGAGGAGCUCGACGAGCAGGGUAAGAGCCUUGCUCCCCUCGCUGACACAACUGUGAGGCUGAGGUGGGAUUUGAACGAGGAGGGUGUGCCCGUCUGGCCACCGUCCGUGCUGGAGGACGGGGAGGAUCCAGCAGGACUGCCCUCCUUUGACGCCUGGGUAGAGGGUGCUCCUGUGGCUGAGCAGGAGCCUUCUAGCACCCCGCCCAACUCUCAGCCCGCUGGGGUGUCAGUCAGCUCACCGGUCAGCGCGCCAGCCUCCGAGCCCGCAGCCCGAUCUCCUUCUGCUCGCUCCCCUACAGCCGCUGCUGAUGCAUCCAUGCCCGUCGACCUGACGGAUGACUAGAUUUAGGGUUUUUUCUUUUGAUUUUUUGUACUUUGUUUUUGCAUUUUUGUAUUUGAUCAAUGGAUCCAUAUCGCAUGUACGUUCAAUGUAAACAUCUUUGAUGAAAUACAAAAAUGAAUAUUUC